GGUCCCAACAAAAGAAAAUCUUUUUAGUUUUUGGCGGGAGAUACUUACAGUCAGCUUCGAUCAAUUCAAAAUUUGAUCAUGCCGAAUACGGACAUACAUAAAAAUACGGAACUUUAUGAUAGAUACAAUGCCUGUUUUCAAGUUUCAAAAAAGAAAGGAUGCCCUCCUUCAGUAUACGAUGGUUUAGAAUUAUAUGGUCUUAUUAAACAGUCAUCUAAAGGUGAUAUCAAUAAAAGUAAACCUAGUGCAUUUCAUGUUGUCGAAAGAGCGAAAUGGGAAGCUUGGCACAAAAAGAAAGGAUUAACCAAAGAACAAGCCAUGGAGGAAUUUAUAAGAACUGUCAAAAAAGCCUAUUCCUGUUCGUGUUGAAAUUAAAUAAUUUAAUUUAGGGUCUUAAACUACGGGGAUAUGAAGAUUUGUCAUUACACCACACUCUUUCUGAAAAAAGAUUUUUCUGAAAGCGAAUCUAAAAUGUGAUUUUUAAUUUUAUUGUAAAAUAAGCAAGUAUUUUUAUCUUAACACAACUCAACUAUGUAAAAGUCUGUUCACACGUGUCAGGUACGUCACCGUUCCGUUGCCGUACGGUUAUAUUUUUUACUCGGUCAACAUCUGAGAUGGAUUUCUGUAGAUAAAAAUAAGUAAAAAAACUUCGUAUAAAUGUGUGUCCUAAAAAAAUACUUCGUUUCCGAUAUAGGGGUGUAUAAGUUUCAUUUUUACUUCGAUUUUUUCCAAAUAAUUUCUGUACUAACGUCGAUAUUUGGAUGAAAAUUAAUGUCUGGGUGUUUUUUGAUAUAAAAAAUUUGAUUUUUGAUGACAA